AGACCGAAAAAGCGAAGUCCAGUUGGAAGAGGUGCGUGAGGUUAACGCUAAGAGAGGGACUUGGAAGAAACGCGAACUUUUAUAAACCCUUGCUUCUCUUUCUCUGUCCCUCUUUCUCUUUCUCUCAGUCACAGCUUUCACCAUGGCUUUACCUAAUCAGCAAACAGUUGACUACCCGAGUUUCAAGCUCGUCAUCGUCGGUGACGGUGGAACAGGAAAGACAACGUUCGUGAAAAGGCAUCUCACCGGUGAAUUUGAAAAGAAAUACGAACCGACCAUUGGUGUGGAAGUUCACCCGUUGGAUUUUUUCACUAACUGUGGAAAGAUUCGCUUCUACUGUUGGGAUACUGCGGGGCAAGAGAAGUUUGGUGGUCUCAGGGAUGGAUAUUACAUUCAUGGACAAUGUGCGAUUAUCAUGUUUGAUGUUACUGCCCGGCUAACUUACAAAAAUGUUCCUACCUGGCACCGUGAUCUUUGUCGGGUUUGUGAGAACAUCCCAAUUGUUCUUUGUGGUAACAAGGUUGAUGUGAAGAAUAGGCAAGUGAAGGCCAAGCAGGUUACUUUUCACAGAAAGAAGAACUUGCAGUACUAUGAGAUCUCUGCAAAGAGCAACUAUAAUUUUGAAAAGCCAUUCUUGUACUUGGCUAGGAAACUUGCAGGAGAUCCUAACUUGCACUUUGUAGAAUCCCCUGCGUUGGCUCCACCAGAAGUUCAAAUUGAUUUAGCAGCCCAACAACAACACGAGGCUGAGCUUGCUGCAGCUGCUAGUCAGCCCCUUCCAGACGACGACGAUGAUGCAUUUGAGUAGUUGUACGUCUGUUUUCUUCCGUAGUGACCGGUAUUUGUGUAUGCUACAAUAUAUGUUUUUGGGGUUGUGUAUUAUUGACAUUUUUGUUCGUGGAUUUGAGGUUUCAAAUUCAAUCAUUAUGAGGUGUUUUUGAUUUUUUGGUUAUAACGUUCGGCGUUCCGGUUGUUCAGUGUGUUUGACGCCCGACAAGAUAUAUUUUGCACUUGUGGUACGUUUUUGCAUCUCAGUUACCUUCAAGAAAGUUUUUUAUCCAGUAA